GAGAGAUACAAGGUGUGUAUAUAUAUGGGUUGUAUAUAUGUAUAUGUAUGAGAGAGAGAGAGAGAGAGAGAGAGAGAGAACAAACAAAGCAAAGGGAUAAAGAAAGGUACAAACUAGAACAAGUACAGGGCACCUCUUUAUAUAUUCUCUCUCCAUUUCCCUCUGUUCUUCAAAGCUAAAAUUAUUUCAAAUUAUUUUGUGUUAUCGAAUUCGGGCUCGGGUUUAUCUUCAUGAGUUCGAUCGAAUGAACUGUGUUCGUCGAUUCACAACAUGAAAGAAACACUUAUUAUGAAGAACAAAGGAGAUCAAAAAGCUUCAAGAAAUGUUAUAUCGCAAAAAUGGACACUUCUCUUAUGUAUUAGCAGUUUUUGUGCUGGAUUACUCUUCACCAAUAGAAUGUGGCCAGUUUCUGACUCUAAACUUAUUACAAGACCAACUUCUCUAGAAUCUGAAGGCCUAAAGUUGGUAUCAGAAGGUUGUGAUCUAAGAAAGUUACAUAUGAAGAAUGUCAAACGCGAUCCGAAACAAAUAUUUGGGGAAGUAUCCAAGACUCAUCAGGCUAUACAGACAUUAGACAAAACGAUAUCAAGCUUAGAGAUGGAAUUAGCUGCAGCUAGGUCCAUCCAAGAAUCGAUUGUGAACGGAUCUCCAAUAUCAGGAGAAGAUGCAACGACAUCGUCUGAAAAGAGAAAGUAUUUGAUGGUUGUUGGAAUUAAUACUGCGUUCAGUAGUCGUAAAAGAAGAGAUUCAGUACGCGCUACUUGGAUGCCUCAAGGUGAAAAAAGGAAAAAAUUAGAGGAUGAGAAGGGCAUUAUAAUGCGUUUUGUUAUCGGCCACAGUGCGACGGUAGGGGGAAUACUAGACCGCGCUAUCGAAGCUGAAGACAGAAAGCAUGGCGAUUUCUUGAGACUGGACCAUGUAGAGGGAUACCUAGAAUUGUCUGCAAAGACAAAAACAUAUUUUGCAACUGCUGUUAAUAUGUGGGAUGCAGAAUUUUACAUCAAGGUUGAUGAUGAUGUCCAUGUAAACAUAGCCACACUAGGUCAUACAUUAGUUAGGCAUAGGAAGAAGAAAAGGGUGUAUAUUGGAUGCAUGAAGUCUGGCCCGGUACUCGCACAAAAAGGAGUAAGGUACCACGAACCCGAAUAUUGGAAAUUUGGUGAGAACGGAAACAAGUAUUUUCGGCAUGCCACAGGACAAUUAUAUGCAAUUUCGAAAGAUUUGGCUACUUAUAUCUCAUUAAAUCAACACGUAUUGCAUAAGUACGCAAAUGAGGACGUUUCUUUAGGAUCUUGGUUUAUUGGGCUUGAUGUUGAACAUAUUGACGAUCGAAGAUUAUGUUGUGGGACCCCGCCAGAUUGUGAGUGGAAAGCACAGGCUGGAAACAUAUGUGUAGCAUCAUUUGACUGGACUUGUAGCGGGAUUUGUCGGUCCGUUGACAGGAUUAAGGAAGUCCAUAGACGAUGUGGCGAGGGCGAAAACGCUGUUUGGUCAGCCAAAUUUUGAGAUUACCGAUUUGUUGCGUUUUCUUUCUAAAUUUGGAAAGACUUUAAGAUCAAGAAAUUGAAAGCCAAAGCCAAGGUUUGUAAAGAAUAUGUAUAUUUUAACACCAUUGGAGUGAAGAGGCCAAUUGAAGAGAUGCCCUGCUAUGCAAGAUUUCUUCAAAAAUAUUACAAUUAGAGGAAUGCAAGCAAAGCAAGAGGCUCUUGCUCUUUUUGCACAUUUGUUUCUUUCUAUUUUUGGUAAUAAUAGUUCACUUGGGCAGUUUUAAGGGUUCAAGUUGUAAGUGACAGUGGAUUUUGGUUUUAUAAAAAUAUACUAAAAAUAAAUUUUGAAAUUUAAAAUUA